AUGGAAAUUUUGUGGAAGACGUUGACCUGGAUUUUGAGCCUAGUCAUGGCUUCAUCGGAAUUUCACAGUGACAACAGGCUUUCAUAUAAUUCUCAAGAGGAAUUCCUGUCUUACCUUGAACAUUACCAACUAACAGUCCCAAUAAGGGUUGAUCAAAAUGGAGCCUUCCUCAGCUUUACUGUGAAAGAUGAUGAACCCUCAAGCAGAAGGAAGAGGAGUACAGACCUUUAUGACCAAGCAUCUAAAUUAUUUUUUAAACUUUCUGCCUAUGGCAAGCACUUUCAUUUAAACCUGAUUCUCAACACAGAUUUGGUGUCCAAACAUUUUACAGUCGAAUACUGGGGGAAAGAUGGACCUAAAUGGAAACAUGAUUUGUUAGACCACUGUCAUUACACAGGAUAUUUGCAAGACCAACAUAGCACAACUAAAGUGGCUUUAAGCAACUGCAAUGGUCUGCAUGGCGUUAUUGCUACAGAAGAUGAAGAGUAUUUCAUUGAGCCUUUAAGGAAUAUAACUGAAAAUUCCAAUCAUUUUAGUUAUGAAAGUGGUCGUCCCCAUGUUAUUUACAAGAAGUCUGCCAUGCACCAACGACAUCUCUAUGAUCAUGCUCAUUGUGGCGUCUCAGAAGACCUCACAAGAAGUAGUAAACCUUGGUGGAUGAAUGAUACAUCUGCUUUUCCAACUUCACUUCCAAUUAAUAACACUCUAAGUAGUCAUCGUCGACAGAAGAGAUCAGUAAGCAUUGAACGCUUUGUGGAGACGCUGGUAGUAGCAGACAAAAUGAUGGUGGGAUACCAUGGUCGCAAAGACAUUGAACAUUACAUUUUGAGUGUAAUGAAUAUUGUUGCCAAACUUUAUCGUGAUUCCAGUCUAGGAAACGUUGUGAAUAUUAUAGUGACUCGUUUAAUUGUUCUCACUGAAGAUCAGCCAAACCUGGAGAUAAACCACCAUGCAGACAAGUCCCUCGAUAGCUUCUGUAAGUGGCAGAAAUCCAUUCUCUCCCACCAAAGCGAUGGAAACACCAUUCCAGAAAAUGGGAUUGCCCACCACGAUAAUGCGGUUCUUAUUACUAGAUACGAUAUCUGCACUUAUAAAAACAAGCCCUGUGGAACACUGGGCUUGGCCUCUGUGGCUGGAAUGUGUGAGCCUGAAAGGAGCUGCAGCAUUAAUGAAGACAUUGGCCUAGGUUCAGCUUUUACCAUUGCACAUGAGAUUGGUCACAAUUUUGGUAUGAACCAUGAUGGAAUUGGAAAUUCUUGUGGGACCAAAGGUCAUGAAGCAGCAAAACUUAUGGCAGCUCACAUUACAGCAAACACCAACCCCUUCUCCUGGUCAGCCUGUAGCCGGGACUACAUCACCAGCUUUUUAGAUUCAGGCCGUGGUACUUGCCUUGAUAAUGAGCCUCCCAAGCGUGACUUUCUUUAUCCUGCUGUGGCCCCAGGUCAGGUGUAUGAUGCUGAUGAACAGUGUCGCUUCCAGUAUGGAGCAACAUCCCGUCAAUGUAAAUAUGGGGAAGUGUGUAGAGAGCUCUGGUGCCUCAGCAAAAGUAACCGCUGUGUUACUAACAGCAUUCCAGCAGCUGAGGGUACUCUUUGCCAGACAGGGAGCAUUGAGAAAGGGUGGUGUUUUCAGGGAGAGUGCGUACCUUUUGGCACUUGGCCCCAGAGCAUAGAUGGGGGUUGGGGUCCGUGGUCAAUAUGGGGAGAGUGCAGCAGGACCUGCGGGGGAGGAGUCUCCUCAUCCAUAAGACACUGUGACAGUCCAGCACCUUCUGGUGGAGGAAAAUACUGUCUUGGAGAAAGGAAACGAUAUCGAUCCUGUAACACGGAUCCAUGUCCUUCAGGGUCCCGUGAUUUUCGAGAAAAACAGUGUGCAGACUUCGACAAUAUGCCCUUCCGGGGAAAGUAUUAUAACUGGAAACCCUACACUGGAGGAGGGGUUAAACCAUGUGCAUUAAACUGCUUGGCUGAAGGUUACAAUUUUUACACUGAACGUGCCCCUGCAGUAAUAGAUGGAACUCAGUGCAAUGCUGAUUCGCUGGAUAUCUGUAUCAAUGGAGAAUGCAAGCAUGUGGGUUGUGAUAAUAUUUUGGGAUCUGAUGCUAAGGAAGACAGAUGCCGUGUGUGUGGAGGAGAUGGUAGCACAUGUGAAGCCAUUGAAGGUUUCUUCAAUGAUUCAUUGCCCAGAGGAGGCUACAUGGAAGUGAUUCAAAUUCCAAGAGGUUCUGUUCACAUUGAAGUAAAAGAAAUGGCUAUGUCAAAGAACUACAUUGCUUUAAAAUCUGAAGAGGAUGACUACUAUAUUAAUGGUGCCUGGACUAUUGACUGGCCUAGAAAGUUUGAUGUCGCUGGGACAGCUUUUCAUUACAAGAGGCCAACAGAGGAACCUGAAUCUUUGGAAGCUUUAGGCCCUACUUCAGAAAAUCUCAUAGUCAUGAUUCUGCUACAGGAACAGAAUUUGGGUAUAAGGUAUAAAUUCAAUGUUCCCAUCUCUCGUACUGGCAGUGGAGACAAUGAAGUUGGUUUUGCAUGGAAUCACCUGCCUUGGUCAGAAUGUUCUGCCACUUGUGCUGGAGGAAUACAGAAACAAGAGGUGGUGUGUAAAAGGUUGGAUGAUAACUCCAUUGUACAGAACAACUACUGUGAUCCAGACAGUAAACCACCAGAAAACCAAAGAGCUUGCAACACUGAGCCUUGCCCACCUGAGUGGUUUAUAGGAGAUUGGUCAGAAUGCAGUAAGACCUGUGAUGGAGGAAUACGUACACGAACAGUUCUCUGUAUCAGAAAGAUUGGACCAUCUGAAGAGGAGACACUGGACAAUAUUAACUGUUUAACACACCGGCCUAUUGAAAAAGAACCCUGUAACAAUCAGUCUUGUCCACCACAGUGGGUUGCCUUGGACUGGUCAGAAUGCACUCCAAAAUGUGGUCCAGGAUUCAAACAUCGGAUUGUUCUGUGCAAAAGCAGUGACCUUUCAAAAACAUUUCCAGCUGCACAAUGCCAAGAGGAAAGCAAGCCUCCAGUCCGCAUCCGCUGUAGCUUAGGCCGAUGCCCCCCUCCUCGCUGGGUUACUGGAGACUGGGGACAGUGUUCUGCACAAUGUGGUCUGGGACAACAGAUGCGAACAGUGCAGUGUCUCUCAUAUACUGGACAAGCAUCCAGUGAGUGUCUAGAAACUGUUCGACCUCCAUCAAUGCAACAGUGUGAAAGCAAAUGUGACAGUACUCCCAUUUCCAACACGGAAGAGUGCAAAGAUGUGAACAAAGUGGCUUAUUGCCCACUGGUGCUGAAGUUCAAGUUCUGCAGCCGAGCAUACUUCAGACAGAUGUGCUGUAAGACCUGCCAAGGACACUGA